AAGUUUUUAUAUAUCGUUUUUAUUGUGGUUAUAGACAGAAAUUGUGAGAGCCAGGCUGUGAAUGUGUCAUGAUAACAUUUUAAUUCAUUUAUUUAUCCUCGCUGACCUGCUAAACAUGGCGACAAAAACAGGACGCAUGAAAACAGGAAGCGGGUACUCCGCCAGGCCUGCGCAGUAGCUCAGCCCGGGUCCCUGUAAAGAUGUCUGAGCAGGCGGGGAGGGAGCGGAGCGGAGGACUCGAAUUAAACGGGCAGAACUCAGGACUCUCCGCAAACACACCGGUAAAGGUGGCUAUCUUUCUCAUGAACAGUUAAAAUGUCAAGUGACAGCCAGGGAUCGGUGAAGGGGGAGGCACCAGUGAUUUUGUCUCCCUCCAGCUCCACCUCCUCCCAAGGAUCACCUCUAUCUCCUUCCACCAAACCACCUGAGCUCCCAGAUGAACUUGUACAGGCUGGCUGGUCUAAGUGCUGGUCUCGGAGGGAAAACCGACCUUAUUACUUCAAUAGAUUCACCAAUCAGAGUCUGUGGGAGGUCCCAGUUCUGGGUCAGCAUGAUGUCAUUUCUGAUCCUUUAGGGUUGAAUGCAGCUCCAGCAGAGGCUGGAGACACCAACCAAGGUAAUGGUCAGAGGAAGAGGAGGAUCUCUGAGGAGCAGGGCGUGGGGCCUAACAGCCUUAAACGUUCUAAGGUGGAACCCACCACACCCAUCUCCCCCAGCACACCUGGCCUAAAGCCCUGGAGCGCUGCUCCCGAGGACAAACCGGCACAGACGACCACACCCACUACACCAAGCCCCGCCCCCGCGCCUUAUCGACCAGCCGUGAUUUACUGGGACCUGGAUGUUCAGACCAAUGCUGUGAUCAGAGAACAGGCCCCUGCCAGUCACCUGCCCCCUCACCCUGAAAUUGAACUGCAGAGGGCACAACUGGUCACUAAACUAAGACAACACUAUCAUGAGCUGUGUCAUCAGAGAGAAGGUAUUGAUCCUCCACGGGAGUCAUUCAAUCGGUGGCUACUAGAGAGGAAGAUUAUCGAUAAAGGUCAUGACCCUUUGCUACCCAGCGACUGUGACCCUGUCAUCUCUCCAUCCAUGUUCAGAGAGCUGAUGAAUGACAUCCCCGUCAGGCUGUCUCGUAUUAAAUAUAAGGAGGAGGCCCGGAAGCUUCUCUUUAAAUACGCUGAAGCUGCCAAGAAGAUGAUCGACUCUAGAAAUGCCAGCCCAGAGAGCAGGAAGGUGGUGAAGUGGAAUGCUGAGGACACCAUGAGUUGGCUUCGUCGAGAUCACUCUGCCAGCAAGGAGGACUACAUGGACCGGCUGGAACACCUGAGGCAGCAGUGUGGGCCUCAUGUGGCUGCUGUCGCCAAAGACUCUGUGGAGGGAAUCUGCUCCAAGAUCUUCCAGCUGUCAUCCGAGUACAGUCGUCGACUGAGGCAAACACAUCUUAGUCUGCUGCAGGACCCGUCCCCUGCAGCAGAGACGUGUGUGUCUCCUUCGCAGCAGUCGCGCCUCGUCUACUGUUACCCGGUUCGUCUGUCCAUUCCCACGCCACUGCUGCCUCGAGUGGAGCUCCACUUUGAGAAUGACGUUGCGUGUCUCCGCUUUAAAGGAGAGAUGGUGAAAGUGAACCGGGGUCACUUCAGUAAACUGGAGCUCCUGUACAGGUACAGCUGCAUAGAUGACCCUCGUUUUGAGAAGUUCCUGUCAAGAGUCUGGUGCCUCCUAAAGAGAUACCAGGAGAUGUUUGGCAGUGGUAAUGAGGGGACAGGCCUGCAGGGGGCACUACCUGUAACUGUGUUUGAGGCAUUGAACCGACAGUUUGGUGUUUCCUUUGAAUGUUUUGCUUCGCCGCUCAAUUGCUACUUCAAACAAUUCUGCUCCGCCUUUCCGGACGUCGAUGGCUUCUUUGGCUCCAGAGGGCCCUUCCUGACCUUCACUCCAGUCAGUGGAUCAUUUGAAGCCAACCCCCCUUUCUGUGAGGAGUUUAUGGAUGCCAUGGUGACACACUUUGAGGAGCUGCUAGGUCAGUCGUCAGAGCCCCUGUCCUUCAUCGUCUUUGUUCCCGAGUGGCGUGACCCUGUGACCCCAGCCCUGACCCGCAUGGAAGCAAGUGUCUUCCUUCGUCACCAGCUGAGUAUCACAGCCUAUGAACACGAGUAUCGCUCUGGUAGCCAGCAUGUCUGCAAGAGGGAGGAAAUGUACUACCGUGCUGUCCAUGGAACCGCCGUCCUCUUCCUUCAAAAUGAUGCAGGUUUUGCAAAGUGGGGUCCGACCCCCGAACGUCUAUCGGAACUGACGGCAGCGUUCCGCCCUGCUACCUUGCGCACUUCUUUCCUGUCCUCUCCUGGCCCCGCCCCCAUUAUACCUGGGGAUAGAGACUCUACUUCCAAACCCUCUGAAAGGACACAGAGUACUGUGAGGUCACCUGAGGGUCACGACAGCAACAACAACAGUAACAACAGCAACAACAGUAGUCCUCAAGACAAGAUGGCUGCUGUGUAGGGAGGCGGAAGUUAGUGUGAAGAGCAGGCCCCUCCCUCUGUGCGCUUCGGUCAGGCUGGAUUUGUCCUGAUCAUCGUCUCAUCUGUUCACCAGCACAUGCACCCCCCCACCCCCUUCAAACAGAAGAGUGACAUAAAGACCUGUUGUCACUUCUUGUGCUUCACUUAUUCACGUGCACUCAGCUCACCAUGAUUGGUGGAGGCUCUGACAUCAAAACACCAGGAGCUCCUGCUCAUGACAGCGUCUCCAAUAGUACAGAUAAAUAAAGUUUCUGUGAUGUAACCGGUCAUUGAUGCUCUUGCUAUUGAUUGACAAGGCAGCUAUCAUUUCUAUUGGAUGAAAUCCCGCCAUCCUGUUUUUAAGUGAAGGUGUCGGACUCUGAUGCGUUUACUCCUGACGUCUGUGUGUCAGCGGCUUCUGUGAUUGGCUGUUGGUGUAGAUAAUGUACAGUGAUCGUUUCCUCAUCUGUCUUUCCUUAUUUUUAUUCGAUUAAUUUAACAUUGUUUUUGUUUGUUUUUUUUUUUAAGAAAAGCUUUGUUUGAACUAAACCAAAGUGUCAAAGGUCAGUAUGUAAUGUUAGAAAAGAAUCUGAUGUUUUUAUCUCUGCAUGAAUCAGCUGAUCCUGAGGUUAAGGCCAGACGACAAACUACAGACUGACAGACCACAGAUGGUACAUAGACCUACAGACAGACUGAACAGUUUAAUCAAAAAGUAAACUGUUUGAAUUCCUGCUACAAUUAUCUGGCGAUGACAACCAAGACACUGUUCUCUCCAGUUUCCUUGUCAACUGGUACCCGUACAAACGCGUCAGCUGCAGAAUUGUAAAUAGUGUGUCCUUUUCCUGCAGGUGAAGUAGUGGAAUUGCAGUUCAGUAAAACUAUAUCCAAACAGUGA